AAUCUGUUAUCAGUGCUGAAUCGAUGAAUUGAGCUCAGUAAAAGGGGAUUUCAUCGCCGCAGCACCGCCGUCUUUGGUACUGAUUCCCACCGCCGGUGUAACCAUUGCCGCCUGUGCCUUUUCAUCCUCUCGAGAGCUCGAGCACUGUUUCCAUUAGUGAAGAAUGGGCGAGAAGAAGAAAGCAGGCGCUAUGUUAGUGAAGCUUGUAUCGGCAGCAGGGACGGGCUUCUUCUAUGUGGUAAAAAAAACCAAGAGGCUCCAAAGCGAUAACAUCAAGCUCAAGUUUCGCAAAUACGACCCUCGAGUGAAUCGUCAUGUUUUGUUCACCGAGGCAAAGAUGAAGUGACCUCAAAGCUCCGACUCCCAAGUACGCGUGUGUGUGUUUCAUUGUCGAUUUUAUAUAGUUUUGCUGCUGAAAAUGGAGCUCAUGCGAUGUUUUUGUGGUUUUCGAAUCGAAUCUUUGGUGCCUUUUUUGGGUAUGAAUGUUAUGUUAUUUGCAUAGUUGGACAUUUGCCAAUAAGCUGAUUAUUGGAUUUGUUGUUUGCUGAGAAUGGUUUUUGGUUCAGUUUAAGAUUA